AGAUGCUUCUCUUUCUCAAUCUCUCCCUCUCACCUUUCCUUGCUAUUAUUGGUCAUAUCCAAUAUGGGAAGAGGGAAGACGGAGAUGAAGAGGAUUGAGAAUGCUACAAGUAGGCAAGUGACAUUCUCUAAACGCCGAAAUGGACUUCUGAAGAAGGCCUUUGAGCUUUCAGUGCUUUGUGAUGCUGAGGUUGCUCUCGUCGUCUUCUCUCCUCGUGGCAAGCUCUAUGAGUUUGCUAGCUCCAGCAUGCAGGAGACAAUUAACCGAUACAUGGCGCAUUCAAAGAACACAAACAUUGAAAAGAGAAUGCCUGAACAAAAUGCACAGGGGAGUUGGAGCAUGAGAGGCAACACCAAGAUCUUGCAAGAGCUAAUGCAACCAAACAAUUUUCUCAGCAGUAGUGGCCAUAGCGCGGAGCUCAGCCUCGGUGCUGGACCGAGAAACACCUGUUUGCUUCUUGGACUUCUAGGUAAUAGGAACUACACUAGGAGGAAGGGGAACCAAAUCUCAUGUAGUAGUGCGCUCGAGAGCCUCCAACUCAGCAAACAUAGCAUCUUGCCACUCAGGUAUCUAAACAGCCUCAUGUACCAUUAUGAGCAUGAGCACCAGGACAGGAGAGCUGAGGAAGAGUGCCAUGGGAGGCAAGAAGAUCACAACACUAAUGAGAAAGACACUCCCCUCCUCAAUCAAAAUGGACAGUAUGAAUGGAAGCAGAGAACUGGCUUGAAGUUGUUAGCCAUGGCAAAGAAGAUUGAGCUUCUUGAAGGCUACAAAAGGAAGCUCUUGGGUGAGAGUUUGGGAUCAUGCUCAAUGUUUGAAUUACAUGAAAUAGAGUCUCAACUGGAGAAGAGCCUGAGAAACGUAAGAGGGGAAAAGCAUAACAUGCUAGCUGAACAAAUUGCGGAACUGAAAGAAAAGGAAAAGACUCCCACUGAAGAAAACUUGGUAUUGCGCCGUAAGGCAGAGGUUUCAUUGCAGUUAAAUGAUAAUAGAGAAUCUGUUGAGAAUGAUGAAAACGGUGAAGAAGAUAUUGAAGUCGAGACAGAACUGUUCAUUGGGAGUCCGGGGAGCAGAAGACAGUGCAACAUUAAUGCUUGAUUAGUUUGCUAAGUUUUAAAUCAUAAUCCAAAUGAAUUUAGUGUUUUCGUGGGUUGAAUGCAUGCUUGAUUGCACAUAUCCAGGAUUAUGUAAUAAAAGUGGCAAUUGUCAAGGAAUAAAAUGUAAUAUUUUCACAAUUUUUCUAGAAAACAUAUCAACACUUAAAAA